CUGGGUUGAGGAGGCUGCGUGUGUUUCCGGUUGCGCGGGAGGCGGUGCUGCCUGGGGAGAUGUAGACUUAGUUGCUUUCCUAGUCGUUUGGGAAGAUGUUCUACCACAUUUCCCUGGAGCACGAGAUCCUGCUGCACCCGCGCUACUUCGGCCCCAACCUGCUCAACACCGUGAAGCAGAAGCUCUUCACCGAGGUGGAGGGGACCUGCACCGGCAAGUAUGGCUUUGUAAUUGCUGUCACCACCAUCGACAAUAUUGGUGCUGGUGUGAUCCAGCCAGGCCGAGGCUUUGUCCUUUAUCCAGUUAAGUACAAGGCCAUUGUUUUUCGGCCCUUUAAAGGGGAGGUCGUGGAUGCUGUUGUCACUCAGGUCAACAAGGUUGGACUUUUCACAGAGAUUGGACCUAUGUCCUGCUUCAUCUCUCGACAUUCCAUUCCAUCAGAGAUGGAGUUUGACCCUAACUCCAACCCUCCAUGUUACAAGACGAUGGAUGAGGACAUUGUGAUUCAGCAGGAUGAUGAGAUCCGCUUGAAGAUUGUGGGGACCCGUGUGGAUAAGAAUGACAUUUUUGCUAUUGGGUCCUUGAUGGAUGAUUACUUGGGGCUUGUGAGCUGAACACCAUGGCCUCCUGCCUUGUUUGGUCCUUGUCUAGGAUGUGUGGUGGUCGCACUUCCUGUGUUGUCCAGAGGCCCAGUCUGGCCGCUGUGGGGGAAGCAAGGAAGGUUCCUUGUCCCAGAAGGCAUCCAGCUCUUGUAGUUUAGCUGCCAAUCGCAGAUUUUGACUGUACAUUCUAACCAUAAAAAGCCCUUGGUUCUCA